UAAGUGCGUUUCGUAUUUGUAGAUGUGGUUACACUGGCAAUGCAGCUGCGCGGGCUUUAUAUUUGUUGUGAUAAUUUGUGGCCUAAAAGAUGAAUGAAAAUGAAGCAGAUACGGAUAUUCCAGAGCCUACAAGUGCUGCUUCCGGUCAAAUCAAGGCCAUAGCCAAGGAUACUGUGCACAAAAUCUGUUCGGGACAGGUGGUGCUCAGUUUGGCGGUUGCUGUGAAAGAGCUGGUGGAGAAUGCCAUUGAUGCGGGUGCCACGCUCAUCGAGAUUAAACUCAAGGAUCAGGGAUUGCAGGGCGUCGAAGUCUCCGACAAUGGUUCUGGCGUGGAGGAGGCCAAUUUGGAGGGCAUGACUGCCAAGUAUCAUACCUCGAAAAUACGUGAAUUUGUUGAUCUGUUGGGUGUGGAGACCUUUGGAUUUCGUGGCGAGGCGCUGAGUUCCCUUUGUGCACUCUCUGACAUGGCAAUACAGACACGGCACAAGUCCACGGAUGUGGCGCUGAAAAUUGAGCUGGACCAUGAGGGCAGGAUAAAGAAGCGUUCUCCCUGCGCUCGAGGUGUGGGCACCACCGUCUCCCUGAGCAAUCUCUUUGUGACGCUGCCCGUGCGUCGUCGGGAUUUUACGCGCAACAUCAAGAAGGAAUUCACCAAGAUGUGCCAGAUACUGCAGGCCUAUUGUCUGGUCACCAAAGGCGUCCGCAUCAUUUGUAGUAAUCAGUCGCCCAAGGGUGUCAAAUCCGUGGUUGUGCAAACCCACGGUGCUCAGGAUGAGCUGGCCAAUAUUUCGGCUGUGUUUGGAGCACGACAAGUGGCGGACUUGGUGCCACUCAAGUCACCCUUCGCGGCUGGUCAACUCAGCGAGGAGAGCCUGCGUGCCGAGCUGCAAUCCUCCAGCGAUGUGGCUGACACCACCUGCACACAGUUUAACGCCGAGGAUGUGGAGCGUCUGAAUCAAGCGGACUUUCAACUGGAGGGCUACAUAUCUAGCUGUCGUCAUGGUGCAGGCAGAUCCACAAAGGAUCGUCAGUUCUUCUAUGUCAAUUCUCGCCCCUGUGAUCCGAAGAAUAUUGCCAAGGUUAUGAACGAUAUAUACCAUCGAUAUAAUGUGCAGCAACAGCCCUUUAUCUAUCUGAAUAUUGUCACUGCUCGUGCGGAUGUGGACGUGAAUCUGACGCCGGACAAGCGCCAGUUGCUGCUCAACAAUGAGAAGAUUCUGCUGCUGGCACUGAAGAAGUCACUGCUGGACACCUUUGGCAGCUUACCCUCGACCUUUCAGAUGCACAACACUUCCAUAGCCAGCAUGCUGCAACCCAAAGUGACCAAGGAGGCAACCACGGACAAUGAAAGUGCCGCCAAAGCAGCAGAAAUCGAAGAGGAUGUGCCCGAGAGCUCUUCGCAGCGUUUCAUGGAUGUGCUCACGCAAUGGCGUCGCACGGGGGACACCAAAGGAGUGGCUCCAGCAGCGCCAGUUAAACGACGUUGCGGGGAAACCGAAGAGAUUACAGCACGUGCCAUGAAAAUGCAAAAGAUACAGGAUUUCCUUAGCCAGGAGUCACCACCAGAACGUAGCUUCAAAGGCGAGUCGGAAACGGAUGAAGAUGAAGCUCCAAAACGGAAGAAAGACGAGACUAGCCUGGAUAACAGCUUUGUGAGUUUAAAGCAGCUUCAAGAGGAUUCACUCGCCUACGAUGCGUUGACUCAGCCCACAAAAGAAACUCGCAUUGUUUGCAAAACGUUAACGCCAUUAAAACCACUUCAGAUCAUGGCAGAGAUAAAGCCAAAGAUUUCCAGUAUUAAAAAGAAGAUAGAGGAGGAUGUAGGGGAGGAUCUGCCGGAAUCUAUGCAGACAGCCACCGAGUACAGCGAUGAUGAAAUUGAAAUGCCAACACGCAUUGAAUUCGAUGGCAACGAACACGAUUCAGAGACAGAUCCACCCAGCAACAUUACAAGCGGAGAAAUGCGCACCACGCUGGAGGAGAUUGCGGCCAGUCUGCAGGCCCAGGAGCAGCAGCAAGCGGAGCGCAAGCGUUGCGCCAAGCUGCAACGUUUACGGUUCAAAAGCGAAAUAAAUCCCAAUCACAAUCAGAACGCGGAAGCGGAGCUGCAAAAGGAAAUAACUAAAGCGGAUUUUGUACGCAUGCAAAUAAUUGGCCAAUUUAAUCUGGGCUUCAUCAUAGUCAAGCUGGAGGAUGAUCUCUUCAUUGUGGACCAGCAUGCAGCUGAUGAGAAAUACAAUUUCGAGACGCUGCAACGCUCCACACAGUUGGAGCAUCAACGUCUGACGGUGCCACAAACUCUGGAGCUGACGGCGGUCAAUGAGAUGAUAUUAUUAGAUCAUUUGCCCGUCUUUGAAAAGAAUGGCUUCAAAUUCGAGAUUAAUGAGCAGGCGCCUGCGACGAAGAAAGUGCGCCUGCUGGGCAAACCAUUCAGCAAGAACUGGGAGUUUGGCAAGGAGGACAUCGACGAGCUCAUCUUUAUGCUGCAGGAUGCACCCGAGGGCACCAUCUGUCGUCCCUCCCGCAUACGUUCCAUGUUCGCCUCCCGCGCCUGCCGCAAAUCCGUCAUGAUUGGCAGAGCACUGAACAGAGGCACCACCAUGCGCAGGCUCAUCACCCAAAUGGGGGAGAUCGAACAGCCCUGGAACUGCCCCCACGGUCGUCCUACCAUGCGUCAUCUAAUCAAUGUCACGAUGCUGAUGGAUGAGGAGGCGGAUAAUGAUGGGAAUGUGGGCGAAUGACAUCCGUUCAUACUCGUAUUCAAACCAGGGAUAGUUAUUAAUUUAAUCGUAAACUCUUAA